AUGUCUACCAACUCAUCGGAAAGAACCGUAACCACCACCACCCCCUCCUCGGCCACCACCUCCAACCCCCUCUCGUCGGCACACCACUUUGUGUCGAUCAAGCUUACGUCCCGGAAUUUCUUAUUUUGGCGUACGCAGUUGGUGCCCUUUUUACGUGGUCAGGAGCUCCUUGGGUUCGUCACCGGUGAGACACCGUGCCCGCCGGCCACCAUCUCCGGCACGUCGUCCGGUUCAGUCUCCGGCGAUGCAGCGGCGGUUCCUGCUCCAAAUCCGGAGUUCCGGUCGUGGGUAAAGCAGGAUGCGUCGAUCCUGUCUCUCCUCGUCUCCUCCAUGGCUGACGAGGUUCUUCAUCUAGCAGUUGGCAGGAACACAUCGAAGGAAGUAUGGGACUCCAUCACUGCCGCACUCGGGUCCAGCACGAGGGCUCGCUGCCUCAACCUGCUCGGACAGCUCCAGUCUUUGCGACAGGGUGAUCUAUCUCCGGCGGAUUACAUUGGCCAGGCGCAGUUGAUAGUGGAGGCUCUCUCCCUCGCCGGCCGGCCCCUCUCUCUCGACGAGCAGAACCUCUGGGUGUUCCGGGGUCUCCGCCCGGAGUUCCGAAGCAUGGCGUCCUCCCUCACCGUCUCCGGCAAUCCGGUAUCUCUCCCUCAAUUGGCAGAUUUUUUGCAGGCCUAG